AUGGAGAAAAGCAAGUACGUAAUGGAGCUUGCGUUUCUUCUCGGUCUCAUUUUCAUGCUUGGCACCAACGCAACUUCAUUUGCCAAAGACCAUGGCAACGACUUGCAAACUUACAUUGUUCACGUCAAAAAGCCAGAAACUAGACCUACUAUGGAAUCAGAAGAGUUACACAACUGGUACCACUCGUUCCUUCCACAAACCUCCAACAAGGAUCGAAUGGUUUUCUCUUACCGCAACGUGGCCUCUGGAUUUGCGGUGAAGUUAACCCCAGAAGAAGCCAAAGCCCUUCUAGAGAAAGAUGAGAUUGUGUCAGCUCGUCCCGAAAGGAAACUUUCUCUGCACACAACACACACUCCAACAUUCUUGGGGCUGCGACAAGGAGGAGGAUUGUGGGGUAGUUCCAACCUUGGCCAAGGCGUUAUAAUUGGAGUCAUAGACACCGGUAUAUACCCUUUCCACCCAUCUUUCAAUGAUGAAGGGAUGCCACCACCACCAGCAAAAUGGAAAGGAUUCUGUGAAUUCACAGGGCAAAGCACGUGCAACAAUAAACUCAUUGGUGCAAGGAACUUACUCAAAAGCUCUAGUGAAGAGCCUCCUUUUGAAAACUUCUUCCACGGAACUCACACAUCUGCCGAAGCCGCUGGAAGAUUUGUAGAGAACGCUAGCGUUUUCGGCAACGCUCAGGGAACUGCCGCUGGCAUGGCACCGAAUGCUCACUUAGCAAUGUACAAAGUGUGCAAUGAUAAAGAAGGGUGCACUGAAAGUGCCAUCUUAGCUGCAAUGGACAUAGCCAUUGAUGAUGGUGUUGAUGUUCUGUCUCUUUCCCUUGGAUUAGGCUCUCUUCCAUUCUCUGAAGACCCUAUUGCCAUUGGUGCAUUUGCCGCUAUUCAGAACGGAAUUUUUGUUAGUUGCUCAGCCGCAAACGCCGGCCCUGACUACAGCACUCUCUCUAACGAAGCCCCCUGGAUCCUCACCGUUGGUGCCAGCACCAUUGACAGAAAGAUAGCAGCAUCAGCAGUGCUUGGAAAUGAAGAAGAAUAUGAAGGGGAAUCUUUGAUCCAACCCCUAGACUUUUCCCCUACUCUGUUGCCACUUGUGUAUCCUGGUGCAAAUGGAAACCUCAGCUCCAGCUUCUGUUUCCCAGAUUCCUUAGACAACGUUGAUGUGAAGGGAAAAGUGGUGGUGUGCGACAUAGGUGGAGGCUUUCCAAGUGUUGACAAAGGACAAGUAGUUCUGAACGCUGGUGGCGCGGCCAUGAUUCUCGCCAAUCCAGAAACUAUUGGCUUCAGUACUUUUGCUGUUCCUCAUGUUUUGCCUGCUGUGGAAGUUAGUUACGUUGGUGGGUUGGCUAUAAAGUCUUACAUAAACUCAACUAUCUCACCAACCGCAACAAUCUCGUUCAAAGGAACUGUGAUUGGUGACGCACUUGCUCCCGCAGUUGUUUCAUUUUCUUCAAGGGGUCCAAGCCAGGCAAGUCCUGGGAUUCUAAAACCUGACAUUAUUGGACCUGGAGUGAACAUUCUAGCAGCAUGGGCUCUCUCUGUAGACAACAAACUCCCACCAUAUAACAUUGUUUCAGGAACAUCAAUGUCUUGUCCUCACCUUAGUGGUAUUGCUGCAUUGCUCAAAAGUGCACAUCCCGAUUGGUCCCCUGCGGCAAUAAAAUCAGCUAUUAUGACAACUGCCAACAUAGUCAACCUCGGAGGUCGACCCAUAUUAGACCAAAGGCAUCUUCCUGCAGAUAUAUUUGCCACUGGUGCAGGCCAUGUUAACCCAAACAAAGCAAAUGAUCCAGGGCUUGUUUAUGAUAUUCAGCCAGAUGAUUACAUUCCCUAUCUGUGUGGUUUGGGUUAUGUGGACAGAGAAAUUGGAAUUGUUGUGCAAAGGAAAGUGAGAUGCGCCGAUGUAAAAGUCAUACCAGAAGGUCAACUGAAUUACCCUUCAUUUUCUAUUCUGGUGGGAUCUACUCCUACAACACAGUACUACACCAGAACAUUGACUAAUGUUGGACCUGCAGAGGCAACUUACACUUUGGAUCUUGAAGUGCCUUUGGCCAUGGGAAUGAGUGUGAAUCCUAAUCAGAUAACAUUCACCGACGUGAACCAGAAGAUAACAUUCUCAGUAGAGUUUACCCCACAAACAAAGGAAAAUAGAGGCAACCAUACUUUUGCUCAGGGUUCUCUCACUUGGGUCAGGGUGUCUGACAAACACACUGUUAGGAUUCCCAUAUCUGUUGUUUUUGAGUGA